AUGCAUCGUCAACUGUAUGCAUUUGGUUAUGGCGGUGAUGGACAAUUGGGUAAUCGUGCAUUUUUGAGUGGUGAAGAUGGCAGUUUCGUUAAAACACCUCAACGG